AUGACAGAGCAUGUAGGAAGACGGCUACUAUCUGCGACGUCCAGGAGAAGUUUCGCAAAGCAAUCUGGGAAUAUGAGAAAGUGUGCGUUUGAAUCACUUUCGCAAAUUAUAAUCUUCAUCAUUAACCCUCGUCCCAACCGCAGCAUUGCUACAACUCAGAAGAUGAUAAAAGCAAGCGAAAUCCUUCACAUCCCCAUCUAUGCCACAACGCAAAACCGCGCGCGACUAGGCGAGACAUGUGCUGAGCUUAGUAUUCCCCAUGCUGUUGAGCACGCGGACAAGACUGCUUUUAGCAUGUGGAUCCCCUCCAUCUGUCGACACUUCAACUCUGGUGCCCCAGCUGAAGUAAUCAUCGUGGGCAUCGAAUCGCACAUCUGCGUCACACAAACCGCAUUGGAUUUGCUUGCCAAUGGUCAUAAAGUAUAUGUAUUAGCAGAUGGAGUAAGUAGCUGCAAUCCACAAGAGAUACCUAUUGCACUUGAGCGGUUGAGGGCUGCCGGUGCUAUUGUGACAAGUUCGGAAUCGAUCAUGUAUGAAAUCAUGGGUGACGCUAGUAUUCCCGAGUAA